CACUGUGCGCAGUGUUUAGCUCCACAUACACGGAUCCACAGCUCUGCCCAUGCCCCGGGUCAUGUAAGUGAGGGGCGGGGAUCACCACAGAGCUCCUCCUCCUCCAGGCUGCCGUCACCGGGGCUGCUGGACCGGAGCAACCACGGCACCAACAACCAGCCACCGGCUGCUCCUCCGAGCUGAGUGAAGACUCGGUGCAGCCAGGAGCCUUCACCUCCUCCUCCGCCGUCGUUUCUCACUGAUCACGGUUAAAGACAUGGCCUCCGACGGCAUGGACGAGCGAUCUCCGCUGCUGUCGGGCCCCAACUCGGAGAAUGUGACCCCCACAGCUCCACCGUACCUGCAGGAUUCAAGUCCCCGAGCCGAACUACCUCCUCCUUACACAGCCAUCGCUAGCCCCGACACCGGCGGUGUGCCUGUCAUCAACUGCCGAGUAUGCCAGUCGCUCAUCAACCUGGAUGGAAAGCUGCAUCAGCAUGUGGUCAAGUGCACGGUCUGCAAUGAAGCCACACCCAUCAAGAACCCCCCAACAGGGAAGAAAUAUGUGAGGUGUCCCUGUAACUGCCUGCUCAUCUGUAAAGACACGUCCAGGAGGAUAGGAUGUCCUCGACCAAACUGCAGACGCAUAAUCAACUUGAGCCCGGUGAUGGUAAUCCCAGAGGAACAACCCGCUCAGCCGGCCCUGCCCAUCCAACCUGAGGGGAUGAGGGUGGUCUGCGGUCACUGUGGCAACACCUUCCUAGGAAGUGAGGACGCCAGGUCAUCCCAGCCAAUGUCUGGCCUCCCCAGAGAUGGCUCUCCCCCAGCACAACAACAGGUUGAGAAAGCUGGUCAUACUGGUGGACAUAUUAACAACAGCCUAACCUGCUCCAGUUCAAUCUGCGGCCUUACUUACACUAAUGAUAAUAUGACUUUGUUUACAUCUGGCUUUAAAGUGAGCUCCUUGAGGUAUCACUUUAUAAAAUUGGCUUAAAUGCUUUGGCCUGAAUUUUCUGUUUCUAAAUCUAUUCAUUGAAUCUAUCCUCUGAAGCCAGAUGUCAAAGGUCACUUAUGAAGUCACAUGUGUGUCAAUAGGAGCUUUAAAUAAUGCUGAUCUGUGAUGGGAUAAACAUUUCUUAACACUUUUUUUUAACAUCAGAACUAAUACAUUAAAAGAAUCAUCUUAAAUGCUAAUCAAGCCGAUCUUUAGAUACUUUCUACAACACAGAAAUAAUAAAGAGAUUCAGAUCAUGUGAAAUCUUUCCCAGUAGGUCUUGUGUUGAUUGUUGAUUGAAGCUCAGUAGAAUUAUAGAGUGUUGUUACGUUUCUGUGUUUGUGUGUGUGUGUAUGUAUGCUCUUCUG